GAGCACGUUUCGGAAUUUUUGAGCAUCAUCGUACUUACAUUCAAGCUUCUCGAGCACCAUUUCCCAGUUACCUUCCAUGCAGCAGAGCACAUUACGACUGUACUCACAAGCCCAUGUUGCCGACCAGUGCAGAACGACUCUUGAAUUUCAAGGAAACGAGCGGGGGAUAGACAAAUAGCUUCAUUGUGCAUGUCUUUGUAGUGAUCCAUACGCCAUCAAACAUCCAAUGUAGAACACGUAUCAUGAAUCCCGGAGACGAUUCAAAAGUCAGGCUCGCACUCAGGACACUACCCGCACGGUGCCGCACCCAACCCUAAAAAUGGCGGUUGGAUGCGCCCAGCCUACCUACAUUGAUCGCGAGUAUGUUCGAUCAUAGGUCUUCACGUGACCGCAUUUCCAGCGUGGACGCGUUCUUCGAGGUGAUGCUCUGUUGAAGCGGCUCUAACAUGGUGUCCCUGCUACUCUAAGGCAAGUAACCGAUUGUAUCUCUGAUUUCUUCAGACUUGGAUCUCCACUUCGAUUCAUACCUUUGCAAUUCGACCCGACCACGGGCUUUGUGCAGCUAUGGGUGUAGCAGGACUUUGGGACGUCCUUCGCCCGGUAGGGAAAACUCGCUCAUUGACACACCUCGCCGUCGUCGACGGAUUCGAAGCCAACCCAAACGGUGUUCGUGGGUUUCGUGUUGGCAUAGAUGCUAGUAUCUGGUUCUACCACGCGACCUAUGGUCGAGAAGGCGAGAAUCCCGAAAUACGGACCUUGUUCUUUAGGUGUGCCAGGCUCAUGAGCACACCUUUCCUCCCAUUGUUUGUGUUUGAUGGUCCGAAGAGACCCAAAGUGAAGAGAGGCAAGAGGAUCAGUGGAAAGGACCAUUGGAUGGUUCAAGGGAUGCAGAAAAUUAUUGAUGCGUUUGGGUUCGAAUGGAGAACGGCUCCCGGAGAAGCUGAGGCAGAAUUAGCGUAUUUGAAUCGCAUCGGUGUCAUCGAUGCCGUUCUGUCUGACGACGUUGACACAUUCCUCUUCGGUGCGACAAUGGUCGUUCGAAAUCCUAGUGCGACGUUAUCCGGCAAUAAAGCGCACCCCGUAACGAACACUGCAGGGAAAGUAGACGACAACCACGUUGUCACUUACACCUCCAAAGACUUUGGGGAGGAUCCAAAGAUUUCGCUUAACCAAGAGGGUCUUAUCCUCAUAGGUGUACUACGCGGGGGAGACUACCAUCAGGGUGUCAACGGAUGUGGUGUUACCACAGCGCAUGGGUUGGCCAGAUGUGGGUUUGGUGACACGCUCGUGAAAAGCGCCAGGACCAUGACUGAAGAGGAACUUGAGGACUUCCUCGUCGGCUGGAGAGAAGAUAUUCGAAAAGAACUCCGAACUAACUCGAAAGGAUUCUUGGGACGCAAAUGUCCUUCGCUAGCGAAAGCCCUUCCGGAGGACUUCCCAGACAUCGAUGUCCUGUUGUCAUACACCAAUCCUAUCACGUCUGAAACUUAUGGCAAGACACCAAAGGAUUUCAAGAUCGAUUGGGAGAAAGAACCGAAUCUGGGCAAGAUUGCUGGCCUUUGUGAGACGUACUUCGAAUGGGGGAUAAAGGAUAUCAUUAUCAAGAGGUUCAGAACUGUUAUUUGGCCUCCUGCCGUGUUGAGGAUCCUUCGUCGUUCUGCGUUGCUGGCUGAUAAGCGAUUUCAUAAGGAUGAACAGGCCCUUAUAGGAGGGGUCCCGAGUACGCCCAGGAAGCCCGGGGGGAAGGAGCUCAUUGCAUUUGGAACGCCCUCGAAGAUGAUCGCUCGUCAUUUCUCUACUCUCAAGCUUGACUCACCUACUGGUAGACAAGGUGCAGACAGUGACACGGAUGGUGACGGUGACGAAGAUAACCUGAUAAAGAAGAUUCACUCUUCACGAACACAUACCUUAACCGAUGGCCUUCUCGAAUAUCGUCUCGAGAUUGCUCCAGCUCAACUAAUUCGCUUGUGCGAAGCAGGAAUCAGAGGCGAUCGGAAACCCGCUGAGAACAAUAUGGACGAAUUCGAUAGUGGAGACGAUGAGGAUGGUGAAGAAGGCUCCAAAACAAAAGCCGGGCCGAAGAAACCACCACCUGAACCAACCAGCCAUUUAAGAGUGUGGAUGCCUGCAUGUAUGGUGAAGCUCGCCGAGCCAAGGCUCGUGGAAGAGUUUGAAGCCGUGCAGCAAGCAAAACUGAACAAGAAGGCCGGUAAGGCGAAUGCUUCCAAGGCCAAAGCGACGAAAGCGGGUCCUUCGAAAACUAGUGUGAAGGUCAAGGAUAGUCUCGCGACUUUGGAGCUCUCUGAUGCAAGUGAUGAGGAUAUACCUGUUCCUGGACCAUCAAAACCGAAGUCGCGGCCGAAGCUGAAGACCGCAAGCACAGAUAUUUCGCAAAUCAAGGACCUUACUACGAAGACACAGAGAAAGAGGGACACUGGUGCUGCCGGACCCAGCACCAUUGACGAUUUUUUCAAGGCUAGCAAACUCCCAACUAAACCCGUCACUGUCAAGGCGAAGACAAAGACUGCAGCCGUUGGUUCAUUGUUCAAGAAUUUCGAUCCUCCACCCACAGAUAGACAUUCUCCAAAUCCCUUCAUUUCUGAGGGCACAGAUGAGGACACAGAUGUUUUCGGAAGCUUAUUAAGCAAAGGUGCACAAACCAACAAGUCAAAAUCGUCACGGUCUCAACCGCCUCCUAUAAGAUCGAAGAGCAACAGUGUACUUUCGUUAUUUAAUCAGAAUUCCAUCGAGGACAAGUCGAGGAGUCAAUCUCAGCCUGUUUUGGAGAGAGCUCAAGCGCGUCCUUUCCCAAUGCCCUUUGAUCCGCCUGCAACGGAGAGACAAGAAACUACUAAGUCGGACUUGAAUAUUCGACCUACACUUCCAGACUCCUCACCUCGACGACAGAGGCCUUCGGAUUCCUCCGAACCCGAUGUCUAUACUGCUGCUACACAAAAAUCUCCUCGUAAAUCACACGCACGAAGGUCACCACAUUCGACUCGUCACGUUUCCUACUCUAGCGCAGACGAGGAGGGUCAGCCACGUCCAUCUUCACCGUCGCCAUAUCGCCCAACCGCUUUACCUGUUUUGCCACGGAUGCCCAAACCCAAGGUCACUGGAAUCAAAUACCAUGCCGAGAUUAUCGAGAUUUCCAGUGACUCUGACGGUCCAAGUUCACUUGUGAGCAAACAACCACCAAUCCGAUCGCUAGGGCCGCGAGCACGAAAGACGGCCAAGCCAAGCGAAAAGCAAAAGGCUAAGGAUAGACCAAUACCAUCUACCACCGAUGUCAUCGACCUUACUUGAUAUCCAGUUAUUUGCAUCAUACAGAGGAUGUUCACCUGUGUAUUUUACUACUUGUAUAUUGGAUAUCCGACUAGAUGUUCCCCGAUGUAAUGUACAUACAAAUAAUGCCAUUCAAUAAUUGUUCGUGAAGUCCC